CCUAGGCUUCGACUCGCCAUUGGCAGUCGACUGGCAGAACUAUUACAUGUACUCCAGAGUCCCGCGGUUCUCCGUUUGCAGACCUAGAACAUUCAAUAUUCAGUCUCUCAGCAUGAUCUUUAUGCCGUCUCCAACCUACAUAUACCGUACCGGACAUUUCCUGAUCAAUCAUACAUCGCACGGGCCGGCCCGAAAAGCGGUGAUCAUGUCCAUAUAUCUCCUCCUUGCUCAGGCUCGCGCGAGCUCGCUGCAUUCACACCCUGCACGAGCGACUCUUUCGGGAUUCGUCGAUAUGAUCACUGAGGUUCAUAUGGUGGCUGAAUGACAACGGGAGAUACGCAAAUUUGACGGCCCGACGGUCCCUUCUCGUGCGCAUGACCCUCGGCAGCUGAUUGUCGAAGAAGUUCCAACCUACCUAUGUAUAAAGUCGCUUGCUUGUCGUCGACGACCAGUGGACCCCCAAAGAUGUUCUUGUUCUUGUUGUCUCUGUUUUUUACGGGGAUCUCUGUGGCGGCGAGUCAAAAUGCGAAACAAUUCGAUUGGAAUUCCAUCCGAUACGUUCAUGCCUUCGGGGAUUCGUAUACGUUCGUGCAAGGCACUGCUGGCCAUGCAAACUUCUCAUUCAUUGGCGACGCGCUCAACCUCGCAUUCACUCCCAAGCAACUGCUCGCCAAUGAGAUCAUUGCCAAAAACACAAGCUCUGAAGGAUCCAACUGGAUUGAGUAUUUGACUGGAUGCUUCCAAGGAUCUCCUCUCGACUGUGACAAGCAACUGUGGAAUUUUGCCUUUGCUGGCUCGGAUAUCAGUGGGGACUUGCUUCCGCUCCAUCAUCCCUUUACGACUUCACUCGUCAACCAAGUGAAACAAUGGGCCACCUAUGGUUCCUCCGUCAUUCCGCAUCCUGCGAACGAAACCUUGACCGCAUGGUGGAUCGGCAUAAACGACACCGGCGAUUCCUUAACCAAUGCUUCGAUCACCGACUUCAACGCAUUUUGGGAGACGGAGAUGAAGGCAUAUUUCACUGCAGUCCAAUCAGCCCACGACCAUGGUCUCAAAACCCAUCUCUUCAUCAAUGUUCCCGCUGAAGACAGAAACCCGGCCACCGUGAAUAGCGCAACCAAGUCUGCUCUCAUGAAAACGCAUAUCCAGCAAUACAACACCAUUUGGAUCAACACGUCGUUGCGUUUGCUGCCGCGAAUUCCGGUGGAUGCCACCGUGAUGACCUUCGAUUCAAACACGCUGUUCAACAACAUCCUCAAUAAUCCAGCGCAGUACGGGUUCAAGAAUGUCACGGGUUUCUGCACAUGCGCUGAUCCGACUGGCUUUUUCUGGUUCAGUCAACUCAGGCCAUCCGACGCAGCGGGUUCAUCAACUCAUCGCUGCCGCGAUCGAAGAUCAGCUGAGGAACCCUCAAUUCCGUUAGGACAAAUCACGAGCAAUAAGAAACGGAGGAAGACUACGGAUAAAACAUAAGUACUUUGCGGAUCCCAAAGGAGUGUGUGUGCACUAUGCGGCAAUGACGAUAAAAAGAGACGGUACGAAAGGUGUGCAAAUACAACGUCCAUCAACUCCGUGAAUUAUAUAACGGGAAAACGAGGAAGACAGCCGGAUGGAUUGUAAGAUCAGAAGAAGAGGUACGUGGUGAUGAAGACCCCAAGGGCGAUGAUCACGACAACUUGGAGAGGCACUCCUUCCUGAAUGGUGGUCUCCUGAGGAGCAAAGUCGACAGCAGUCGUCCCUGCUGAAGUAUCCGAGACACGUCUCGUCCUGCGGCGCAUUUCGGUGACAGGAGCCGGGGCUGGGGCC